CCGACUUGGUGUAGCAAUAUUAACUGUUGAGACAGAAAUCCGAACGUGGACGCUACGUUUCAAGGUCUAAAGCUAUGAUGCAUUGGUGGUGAUUACAAUGUCUUCUAUCAUCUUGCGGCUGAGGCAUCUCCGAGCUGUAUAUGGACGAAAUUUUAGUGUUUCUGACGAAGAGUCCAGUGAAACUGUAGGAGUGACUUUUGCCCUAAGUUCCGUUAAUCAAGAUAACAUUGGAUACUACUACGUCAGUGAUGUUGCCUGUGAUCUCAAAAAUCCAGAAUGGGAUCCCGUUGAAAUUCAUAAUCUUCCUAAACAAUACUUAUCAUCCAAAGCCGUCUUGUUUACUUUUUUUCUAUCACAUAGAGAAAGCAACUCAAUUCUGUUUGAGAUUGUAGUACAUUUUUCCGGCCUCGUUCCUACGAACUCAGAAAUGCGUGAAAAUAUGUGUGUCUCUGACUCAACAGAUCAGGUUUACUUCCAAAUGGGAAGACAUAUUUAUUCUUUCCGCAAACACUUCGACCCAGGCAUAAUCUGUCCUCAUCUGUGGCCUAAAGGUAAAUCCCUUCCUGCCUCCAAGUUAUCUUACGACCUUACCACGCUUCAAAGGUUUUUAGCCAACAAGGAGGCUUCUAAGGUUCAGUUAGAACGUAUCAGAUACAUGCAAAAUCUUGCUGGUGGUUUGCAAUUAUCACUACAUAAUUUAUUUAGUCAAGGUGUAGCUACUGAAAGAUUAGCUAUUGCAAUCGACUCUGUCAAGCAACGCACAGAAACACUCAAAUACUCGAUAUCACUAGCACGCAAUAAACUUCACGCACUGGAGAGCAGAAAAGUUUCUCUAGAACAGGAAUUCCUAAAUAUAAAUGGAAAUAAAGCAGCAAUCAAUAGCCGGUUGAAAGUUUUAAAACAAUCUUUAAAGGAUGGAUAUAAUGACCUCAGCAAAACACGUUACGCACUGUUGACUCGUAUUCUUCAUUUAUUAAAUGAAGUUUAUGGUCUUUUUACCAAUGAUUUAAUAAAUCCAAUGUGCAACAUUGGUGAAGAACUUAACUCAAACGGCAUUAUAAAUUCAGUAACAGCAAAGAAUGAUAAAUUCAUGGAUAAGUUUUCCAAUGAUUACGUUCAUAUAAAUGAGCCUUUUUCAGUUCCAUUGGAUGGCAUAGAAUUGUCUAAUAAUAAUAAUAAUAACAAUAAUAAUAAUAAUAAUAAUCCAAUUCAUUAUAUAAACUAUGGAAUUGAAACAUUUACAUCGCCCACAUGCUUUGCUUAUACCAUGCAUUUGUUUACUUUGAUCACUGCAAUUCUUGACCAACCAAUAAUUUAUCCUAGAGAUUUUGUUGAAAUUUAUCCCAAGUUAAAACUGUUGGAUAUUUCCACUCGUGAUAUUUCUCAAUCAGAUCGUUGCCAAGCAAUUUGCAUACUAAAGCGUAACAUCAUGUCUUUGGGUUCAAGAUUUAAUUUAUAUCUGACGCCAGAAAAGCAUGCGUUGUAUAACUUGAAAUAUUUAUUUGAUCAUUUUCAGAACAAUUUAUUAACAAACAUAUACCAACAUGAUAUUGUCGGGUUUGUAUAGUUGUUUUGUUUUUUGAAUGACUGAUCAUAACAACAAUUUGAUUAUGGAUUGAUUGAUUAUGAAUAUGAUGAUUAUCUCAUUUUAUCUCAAUAUAUUUUGUACUUGUUAAAAUGCAUUAAAUAACGCAGAUAAUUAGUGACAGUGUGUGUGUGCGUGUGUUCUAACAUGUAAAUUAUAAGAGCAAUUAAUGUGCAUAAAAAUAGUUUUAUCUAAUUAAAAAGUACAUAAUAUUUAUACUUGACAAAUCAAUAAUUAAGACUUGUGUUUACUCUGUAAAUAUAAGUACACAUAGUUA